AUGUCUGGUGUAAAAGCCUUGUUAUUCCUUCAAAGCCUGUCCCGUAGAAAGCCAUUGGAGCCUGAAGGAGAGGUGUCCAAUUUUAAGCGCUGUCUGACCACUCUGGACCUGGUGGCUCUUGGGGUGGGCAGCACUUUGGGGGCUGGGGUCUACGUCCUGUCUGGAGAAGUGGCUCGUACUGUGGCUGGUCCUAGCAUCAUCAUCUCCUUUCUCAUCGCAGCCAUAGCAUCUGUAUUUGCUGGACUUUGCUAUGCUGAGUUUGGAGCUCGGGUCCCCAAGACUGGCUCUGCUUAUCUGUACAGCUACGUGACAGUGGGGGAAAUAUGGGCCUUUAUAACAGGCUGGAACCUCCUCUUGUCAUAUGUCAUUGGGACUUCCAGCGUAGCUAGAGCUUGGAGUGGGACCUUUGAUGACCUGAUUGGAAAAGUUAUUGCCAAUUCUCUGGGGAAACAUGCUGCUAUGAACUUACCAGGAUUAGCGCCUUACCCAGAUUUCUUUGCUGCAGCCCUCAUUAUGCUUCUAGCAGGAAUCCUUGCCUUUGGUGUCAAGGAGUCGGCCAUUGUUAAUAAAAUUUUUACAGCAGUGAAUGUACUAGUGUUGCUGUUUGUCAUCCUUUCUGGAUUCAUUAAAGGAGAUAUUAACAACUGGUACAUUGGGGAAGAGGAGCUGAAUGAAUUUAGAAAAAAUAUAUCUUUCAAUGUGACCACCAACUAUGGUUCUGGGGGCUUUUUUCCAUUUGGAUUAGAAGGGACUUUAGCUGGAGCAGCCACUUGUUUCUAUGCAUUUGUGGGAUUUGACUGUAUAGCGACAACAGGAGAGGAGGUGCAAAACCCUCAGAAAUCUAUUCCGUUGGGCAUCGUGUCCUCUCUACUUAUUUGUUUCUUGGCAUAUUUUGGUGUGUCUGCUGCCCUUACUUUAAUGAUGCCAUACUUUUUACUCAGUGUUCACAGUCCUUUACCCGUUGCCUUCACGUUCAUCGGCUGGAGCCCUGCUAAAUAUGUUGUGGCAGUGGGAUCUCUCUGUGCGCUCUCAACAAGCCUCUUGGGGUCUAUGUUCCCCAUGCCUCGGGUGCUUUUUGCAAUGUCCAGGGAUGGACUUCUUUUUAAGCCCCUCAGUAAAAUGAGUGACAGACAAAGUCCUGUUAUAGCAACAUUGGCUUCAGGGAUUGUUGCAGCGAUCAUGGCAUUGUUGUUUGACUUGAAAGCUCUGGUUGACAUGAUGUCAAUUGGGACUCUUUUUGCUUACACCCUUGUGGCAAUAUGUAUCCUCAAAUUAAGAUACCAGCCAGAUGAUAGUGAUGACUCAACAUCAAACAAACCAGAGCCUUUGACAGUACAUGGACUGCUCUGUCCUCCUAUGCAGCCCACAGCAAGGACAUCUAAAAAUGUUUCAGUUUCUGCUGUUUUCAUUAUCUUUUUAGUAAUCAGUCUAAGCCUCUUCAUAUCUGGUGGUAUUGAGGCCCUGCAUGCGCACCAGUGGUGGAUUCUUCUCUGUGUCUCUGUGAAUUUAUUGAUGCUUUUUUUAAUCAUACUCAUCAUCUGGAGACAACCUCAGAGCCAAACCAAAGCUGCGUUCAUGGUUCCAUUCGUCCCUUUUCUACCAAUACUGAGCACCUUUGUAAAUGUCUACCUAAUGGUUCAGCUAGGAUCAGACACAUGGAUUCGAUAUGCAGUGUGGAUGGCCAUAGGUUUAAUUAUCUACUUCUGCUAUGGAGUUCAGCACAGUGUUCAGAAAGAAAGACUUCAAAGAUCACGUCAUGAAAUUACAAUUCAUAACAUCGCUGCAAAUAAUGAGCCCAUGGAGCAUGGAUAUGAGUUUAAGACUUAA